CCACCUCCGCGGUAACGCUCAAUUAAACGAGGGCCAACUCGUAGCCAAGAAGUCAUGUGGCUCGAAAUCUUCGGCUACACUCUGAUCGAACUCUGCCUCUUCUUUGUCUUCAAAUACGGCGUCAAGCGUACUCUCGAUUAUACCUGGUACUGCACACUCCCCAUUAUACUAGGAUACGGCCUCCACAAAGUGAUUGAGCACGAGAAACAAAACGUGCUGCAAGAGAAGGCCGCGCAAGCUAGACGUGCGUACUGCCCACCACCCGGGCCAUCCCUUCCACCACCCGACCGUCCGCUGGCUUCGCCUCCAUUCCUCCCCUUUGAUCGAUCGCCAUGCACUCCAGACCACUCUCUGGAAGCGUAUGACUGGUACGCCAGCACCACAUUUGUGGUUAAAGCGUCCAUUGGGAACUUGACGCUGAUCGACUAUGCGCAUGCGGCGGAGGGAUCUUCACAUUCAGCUCAGCCCUCUCCUGAGGUGCACGCUUCGGGUUUGCCCGGCUACAGUACCCCACACGAGCCGUUGCACGAGACUAAGUUCCGGAUUGCGAGUGUGACGAAGCUGUUCACGGUACUGGCAGUGCUGCUGAGUAAGGAGACGAUUGGGUGGGAGGAUGCGAUAACGAAACAUAUACCUGAACUGGAUGCGAGAAGCUAUGGAGAAGUGACGAUUGGGGCAUUGGCGGGGCAGACGAGCGGCCUUGGGAGGUUUGGCUACGUAGGCGAUCUCUCCUUCAUCCCCGGAUUCAACCCUGUGCAACUAGGUAUGGGUGUUAUACAGGAACCACUUCCAGGCUGUGAUCCAUUUCCAGGUGGUCGCGUAUGCACGCGCUCAGAAGUCCUCGACAUGUUCAACCAUCCAGCGUAUUGGCCGCACUCACCCAAUUUCGGGCCACUGUAUUCCAACAUCGCAUACAACCUCCUAGGGAUGGCACUCGAAUCCGCACACUCGAAGCCGUUUGAUCGCAUCAUUGAAGAUCUCAUCUUCGACCCCAUCGGAAUGACGCACUCCACAUUCGAAAUGCCAAAGGAGCCGAAAAGCGCCGUUCUACCUCAAAAAGGGGCGCAAUGGGCCGUUCCUAACUUCGGAAACUUCAAUCCCGCAGGCGGACUCUGGAGCACGCCAAACGACAUGCUUGUCUUCCUCCAAGCCCUUCUCCACCACAAACUGCUCUCGCCAGUUGAGACACGAAAGUGGCUCCAGCCGCGCUCCAUGCUGCCAACCCUUCACCAACUCGUCGGCGCACCGUGGGAGAUCCUACGACCCACGGACCUGGACGUGAGAGCUUCGCGCCCGAUCAACCUCUAUACGAAAGCAGGUGGCGUAGCCGGGUAUUCUAGUUUCGCGGUUCUGAUUCCGGAGUACGACAUCGCAAUCAGUAUCAGCGCCGCUGGAAACACCUCGGAUGCAGCGAUCGUCGAUAUUCUGCCUUUGGUCGUCAAGCCGCUCGUUGCGUUUGCGGACCACGAGGCGCGCUUGCAAGCUACGACCAAAUACGCUGGCACCUAUUCGAUGCCCGAAUCCAACAGCAGCAUCACCCUAACGCUCGAUGACGGCCCAGGCAUGUCAAUCACGUCUUUCGGCGUCAACAGCAUUCCUGUUCUUGAACGGCUGGCGAAGCUCAGAUGUGCAACUUGCGACGAGUUCAGUGCGAGACUGUAUCCGACGGAUCCGGAUUCUCUAAGGGCGCCGAGGGAGACCUGGAGGAUAUUGUUCGAUGGCAAGAGGCCGAACAGCACGUUCGCGGAUAUGGAUUGUGGAAGCUGGAAUUGGGGUGAUCCGUGGAGGUAUGCGGGGCUGCCGCUGGACACGGUGGUGUUUGAGUUUGAUGGGGAGAAGGCGGCGAGUAUAGAGUUGGUUGGGUGGAGGACUACGUUGUCGAGAGCUAAAUGAGGGUUAUGGUAUUAGAGCAGGAGAUGAGACUUAAAAAUGGAUGAUGGGGAGAAUGUCUGCGGGGCCGUGUUUAUCCGCGGGGCCAUGUGUGUUGGCGGUGCGCCCGUUUAUCCAGCAGCUUUCAGGCACCUGAGGCUGGCCCGACUCAGCUUGAUCAUGCUGUAUCCCGGCAGAGCGUGGAGGACGGGGAUAAUGGCACCCUGCUGGUAUGGAGUCUGCUGAAGUGGUACGGGGAGCGAAGAUUCGCUGGCGCGACGAAUCAACCAUGGCUAAUACUCCAAUCUCA